AUGUUUGGUCUACCUUUCCUAGAUCCAUUAGAAGUAGAAACAUCGUCAGAGGAAGAUCAAACUGAUUUUGAGAUUAGAAGUGACAGCAGUAAUUGUAAUGAUAAUUCUUUGUCAGAUUUAGAAAUUGAUUUCAUUCAAUUUACAUCAGAUGAUCUUCAGAAAGGUGAUUUCAUUUUGGUACAUUUAAAAGGGAAAAAGCAUUCAGGAUAUGUUGUAGCCGCAAUAUCAGGAAUGGUGGACGAAACAGAGUUCCAAAUAAAAUAUUUAAAGAAAGCUCAUUCCUUUGAACAUGGCUAUACAUUUACGGUUGAAGAUGAAAAGGAAUAUAUAACUAACAUCAGCAAUAUUAUACAAAAACUUCCUCAACCACGUACACCAGUUUGUGCAAGCAUGGAUAUUAAAAAUUCACUGGAAUCAUUCAAGAAGCUAAAAGAUUGUGAAGUGAUAGAAGGUUUUCUUUCUAUUCUUCUAUUCGAUAAUGUGAACGAGACUGAACUGUCGAAGAUGAGUUUCCCGCGUUUGACUGAAAUAACUGACUAUUUAUUAUUAUAUAGGGUAAUUGGUCUUCGUAGUGUAGGACAGCUAUUCCCCAACUUAGCCGUAAUCCGCGGUCAGCAGACAUUUUUCGAUCGUGCAUUUGUGAUAUUUGAAAUACCCACUUUGCAAGAAAUUGGAUUACACUCCCUUACCGACAUUUCCCAUGGUGAUGUGCAUAUCGACAAGAAUCCAUCGUUGUGUUUCGUUCAUACGAUAGAUUGGAAUAGGAUUAUCAAAGACAAUUCCUCAAAAAUAGUUUUAAAUAGUUUAAAGCCCGAUAACGAGUGUCCCGUGUGUCCCGUGAGUGUCGGAACCGGGAAUGAUACUGUGAAGUGUCCGGUAAUGAUCGAUAAUGAAGGAAAAGAGAAGCACUUGUGCUGGAACAAGAACCACUGCCAAAAAAUUUGUCCAGACAAAUGCAAACACUGCAACAACAAGCUUGAGUGCUGCGACGAAUCCUGCUUUGCUUGCCGAAACGACAACCCAAAAAUUUGUACUGUUUGUCCUCAUUACACCUAUGGACAUGGCUUACAGAAGACUUGUAGGCAGGACUGUCCGCAUGGAUUGUAUAAGUAUUUCAAGCGGCGUUGCAUCGAUAAAAACCAAUGUCUAACCAUGCAUAAACCCAUAGAAUUGCAGACUACAAAUUAUUAUCCAGAACCUUAUAAAAUAUAUGAAAAAUCUUGCAUUUUGGAGUGUCCUCCAGACCAUACUGAGAACAACAGGACGUGUGUACCGUGUGGAGGACGUUGUAAGAAAUCUUGCCCUGGUUUGAAUGUAGAUAGUAUAGCAACGUCGAGCCAACUUAGAGGGUGUACUCAUAUUGAUGGUUCACUAUCAAUACAAAUAAGAGGAGGAGCAAACAUUACCGAGUUGGAAGCAAACUUAAAAACUAUUGAAGAAAUUAGUGGCUAUUUGAAGGUAGUCAGAUCAUUUUCGUUGCUGUCGCUAAGUUUUCUGAAAAGUCUUAAAGUAAUAAAGGGCGAAGAAAAGGAUAACGGGAAAUAUGUGUUCAGCGUGUUCGAUAAUCAGAAUUUGCAAGAUCUAUGGGAUUGGGAUUCGCGUCCAUAUCCUCUGAAGAUUCUUUCAGGGAAACUGUUUUUCCACUUUAAUCCAAAGUUGUGUUAUGAAAAAAUUCUCAAGUUGCAAGAAAUUGCUGGUUUGGAUAACUUUACGGAUUUGGAAGUAGCUAAAAAUUCUAACGGCGACAAAACUGCAUGUAAUAUAACGCCGCUGAAUGUUACAGUCACCAAUAUAGAAUCAAAUUCGUCUACGUUAGAAUGGAAAGCUUUUCGUUUGGAAGACCCACGCAAGCUUUUGGCUUAUAUUAUUUCAUACACAGAAGCCCCAGUUACAAAUAUCUCCCAAUAUGACAGCAAAGACGCCUGUGGUCAAGACAAUUGGAAGGUUGUUGACACACCCAAUAAAGAGGAUGAAGACAUUAUUACAUACAAAAUUAAAAACUUAGAACCAUAUACUCAAUAUGCAUUUUAUGUAAAAACGUAUACAAUAGCUAGCGAAAGAAACGGUGCCCAAAGCGUAAUACAGUAUUUCAGGACGUUACCUUCCAUGCCCCUACAUCCAAGUAACCUUAAUGUUAUCAGCAAUGCUAGUGACUCUUUGUACAUUACCUGGCUUCCUCCAAUAAGACCCAACGGCCUCAUAACGCACUAUGUGAUUACAAGAAAAAUACAUUAUGACCUGACCUACAAUCAAGAACAUGAUUACUGCAGUGAUCACACCCCUAAGGAAGAAACUCAUACUACCCCAAAACCAACACCUUUGCAUAAUUGUCAAUGUGAAAGUUCUACUCAAAGUACGACACAAUUUGAUGAAGGCGUCGAAGAAAGAAUACAAUUUGAAGACAAUCUUCUCAAUCAGGUUUAUCUUAAGAGGCCGGCAAAAAGAGACAAAAGAGAAGCAGUCCUGUUUACAAAUAGUUCCCUCCAAGAAUCUACAGAUAAUCCAUCAAAAUAUUUAAUAAAUAACCCCGUAUAUUCGUAUAAAACAAAUACUACGCCUACGCAUUAUCUUUUAAAGGGCUUACAUCACUAUACUUUGUAUGAUAUUCAUGUUCGGGCCUGCCGUGAUGAAGUAUGUAGUGUUGAAGCAAUGAAAACGGUUAGGACUAAAGAAAAAGUUGGAGCUGACGUUAUAAGUAACCUUACUCUUGUACAUAAGACCCAAGACAGCGUUACAGUGUCAUGGCAUCAACCAAAAGACCCCAAUGGAAAUAUAUUUGCCUACAUAAUAGAGUCCAAGAAGAUUGAUUUAGAUAAUGCAAAAGCUGUUCCAGAAUGCAUCAACGUCACAAGUAGAAAUGUAACUUUAUACUACACAGUGUCAAAGCUAAUUCCAGGCAAUUACAGUUUGUGUAUUUUUGCUAAGUCCUCUCCUAAUAGAAAAGAACAGUCUAACUAUAUUUACUUUUAUAUCGACGAGCCUUCUUCAAACACAGCACUCGUAGUAUCAAUUCUGUUGUUCAUUUUGAUCAUGGGACUUAUUUUCUUCGGUUGGCUCUAUAGAAAAACCCAAAGAAAGCCUGUACUAUUUCCUGAAAUUAACCCUGAAUAUGUUCCAAAUCCUUAUGUAAAGGACGAAUGGGAGGUCUCCAGAGACCAAAUUCUAUUAAUGAAAGAAUUGGGUCAAGGCAGCUUCGGUAUGGUUUGGGAAGGCUUAGCUCGAGACAUAAGAGAAAAGUCCGAAGUGAGAUGUGCCGUCAAAACUGUAAAUGUACAUGCCACAGACAGGGAACGGUUAGAAUUUCUUAAUGAGGCGUCUGUAAUGAAAGCUUUUGAUACAACUCACGUAGUUAGGUUACUGGGGGUGGUAUCUGAAGGUCAACCUACUUUGGUCAUUAUGGAAUUAAUGGCUAAUGGUGAUCUAAAGUCCUAUCUUCGAUCCCAUAGACCUGACAUGGAAAAUUACAACCCAUCUGUAAUAAAACACCCACCAUCUUUGAAGCAGAUUUUACAGAUGGCUAUAGAAAUUUCUGAUGGGAUGGCUUAUCUUUCAGCCAAAAAGUUUGUUCAUCGUGACUUGGCAGCUAGAAACUGUAUGGUUUCUGAAGAUUUGGUCGUAAAGAUAGGAGAUUUUGGAAUGACCAGAGAUAUAUAUGAGACUGAUUACUAUCGAAAAGGGACCAAAGGUCUGCUUCCAGUUAGAUGGAUGGCACCUGAAAGUCUCAAGGAUGGUGUAUUCACAAGUUAUAGUGAUGUUUGGAGUUACGGUGUUGUGUUAUGGGAAAUGGCUACACUAGCAUCACAGCCCUACCAAGGUCUUGCCAAUGAUCAAGUGUUACGUUACGUCAUCGAUGGAGGCGUAAUGGAAAGACCUGAGAAUUGUCCUGACAAAUUAUAUACCCUAAUGAGGUAUUGCUGGCAGCAUAAACCAUCCUCAAGACCUACUUUCUUGAAACUUUGUCAGCUUUUAUUAGAAGACUCUGCUCCUGGAUUUGCAGAGGUGUCUUUCUACCAUAGCCCCGCUGGAGUUGAAGCCAGAGCAUCCAGACAUACUCCGUCACCUAGUCAGGAUGAUCAGUCAACUCCCUUGAGACACGUAGCUGAGCGACUGAAAGGAUAUCUGCCUUCUAAUUCGAAUGAUUCUGAUGAACUUGAUAUAAAUACACAUCAUCAAUUUCCAAGCAUUUCGGAAAGUGAAGGAAUCAUGACUACUGCCAAUGGUUACGUGAGUGGAUGUCCCACAAAUGGUGCAGCAACAACUCAAUGCUAA